UUUUUUUUCUCCUGCCUUCAGUUCGCGUUUGUAGUUAGUUCGUGCGCGUUGCACGGCUUUGCAAAUAUUCCGUGCAUAUAUUUCGGAAAGUGGAAUAAAAUUGCAAUCUCGUGCCGCCGCGUCCCGCGCGUAUCUCGUUAUCGCCAUAAUCUAUUUGUUUCUUCUGGCCGGAUACGGUAAAUGCACACUCUGUAAUUUCGAGUGAGAAGUGAAAAGUGCAAUUGUUUAACCUCAACCACUGGUGGUAGUGGUGCUGCUGCUGUUGUUGUUUCCCUUUCCCGUUGAAAAGUGUACACACAAACAUGCCUUUACACGCCACCCCGACGCCAUCAGGUGUGUUUUGAAGUCGCUGUGAGGCUGAUCCGCCGAAGGAACAACGGCGUAACACAGUCGAUGCGUGAAUUUUCGCAAACGCACUCAACUGCAACACACGAGCGAGCUUCCAUUGCCCGUCUGCUUCGCUGGAGCUGCUUUGUACCAGCACGGCCGCUCGUAAAGAACCGCGUUCCUCCCUACGCAGCUCGUUAGAGAAGGGAAGAAGCGAAUCGAACGCCGUGAAGAAAAUCCCGUUGACCUACAAAAAGAACGGAACGAAUGUCUUGGCCGGUCUCCGUUUCACCUUGAGAGCAACUGAACCAUUCUUCGUCCCGUACUGUGCGCGUAUAUUGGUGUGUUUGUAUGUUUAACCAAGUGCAAUUCGUGCCGUAUUUUAUGCGUACCGCGAAACAUUGCUGGCGCGUGACAUCAUCGAACAGCGCUGGUGAUUCGACGCGAAAAUAAACAUUCGUUAAGUUACCAUCCAUGCGAGGUUAAAAGUGCGUCCAUGUUCCAAGGGGUCAACACUCCAAUCAUCAACGACUGUAAUGUAAAGCAGCGUUAACGCUUCGCCCACCAAUCGAGGAAGCUUCUAGGCUGCUAUAGCAACCAACCAACGAAAACAACAGUUCCCGGAUCUUCCCGGACCCAGCAAAUACGCGCACACCGUGAUAGAGAGCAAACCGUGAGCAACUCCCUUUGGCAGAUUAUGAGUGCGAGCCGAUUUCCAAAGUUUCUUAAACCGGAUGACGAAUCGUUUGCAUCGGAACGGGACGCGGCACCAGCGGAUGAUCACGUAACGUCGUUCGUCUUCAACGCCCACCAGUCGCUGAAUCUUGCGGCGCAGCGCGAACGGCUCCCGAUACGCCAGUACCGUGACCAGAUUCUGUACUGUCUCGAGCAUUACCAAACGCUCGUGCUGGUCGGUGAAACCGGAUCCGGCAAAAGCACACAAGUACCGCAGUACCUGUACGAGUUCGGAUGGCACACCAAGGGCCUGAUCGGCAUUACGGAGCCGCGCCGCAUCUCGGCGAUCACGCUCGCCGACCGGGUCGCAACCGAGCGGGGCGAACUGUGCGGCGAAACGGUGGGCGUCUCGAUCCGCUUCAUCUCCAAGUGUGACCCGGCCCAGACCAAAAUCAAGUACAUGACCGAGGGCAUCCUGCUGCGGGAGAUGCUGGCCGAUCCACUGCUCACCCAGUACGCCGUCAUCAUGGUGGACGAGGCGCACGAGCGCAACACACUCACCGAUACAGCUCUGGGGUUGCUGAAGAAGAUCGCCCGCAAACGACCAAACCUACGCAUCAUCAUCUCAUCCGCCACGGUUGAUGCGGAGUUGUUUCGCGAUUUUUUCAACCUAAAGUCCAAGGGUGCAGCUAAAGACACGGCCGUCAUUCUGACGGUGGAGGGUCGGAUGUAUGCGCAGGAAAUUUAUUACCUACGCGAUCCGUGCCCGGACUAUGUGAAGGAGACGGUCAACACGGUGAUGAAGAUCCAUCGGGCGGAAGGGAAGGGUGAUGUGCUGGCGUUUCUUACCGGGCAGGAAGAGGUGCUGCGGGCGGUCGAUUUGUUGCGCGAGCAUGUGGAGGCGAGCGGCAAGGAGGACAUGCAGAUACUGCCGAUGUACGGGACGCUCUCGAAUGCGGAUCAGCUGAAGGUGUUCUUUACCACGCCGAAGGGCGUCCGGAAGGUGGUGCUGGCGACAAACAUUGCCGAAACGUCCGUCACGAUUCCCGGCAUUGUGUAUGUUAUCGAUUGCGGCUUUGUGAAGCUCAAAUGGUACUCGGCGGACAGCACGACGGACAGUUUGGUGGUAGUACCAGUAAGCAAAGCGGCCGCCGAACAGCGUGCUGGCCGUGCCGGGCGUAUUCGUAGCGGCAAAGUCUACCGACUCUACACGGAAGAAGCGUGGGAAAAGCUGCCCGAACACACACCGCCCGAAAUGCGCCGGUCGGACCUUUGCAGCACGGUGCUCUUCCUGAAAGCGCUCGGCAUCGAUAACAUCCUACGCUUUACCUUUCCAUCGCCACCGCCGGCCAAAAACCUGCUCGCCUGUCUCGAAACCCUUUACGCACUGGAAGCGCUCGAUGCGGAGGGUCAGCUAACGUCCCCCGUUGGAUAUUUUCUUGCCGAAAUGUCCAUCCCACCGAUGAUGGCAAAGAUGCUGUACAAAGCGGGCGAAAUGGGCUGCUCGGAGGAGAUUCUCAUCAUCAUUGCAAUGCUGCAGGUACAGUCCGUGUUCUCCAAACCGGCCGGCGGUCAGGCAGCGAUCCGUGGGCGGAUCGCAAAGCGCAACUUUGAGGUAGCGGAAGGUGAUCUCAUCACGCUGCUUAACGUGUACUGUGCGUUCGUGGAGUCGGGCCGAACGAAAGAGUUCUGUGGCCGCAACUUCCUCAUUUACCGCAAUCUAAAGCGUGCGCAUGAAAUUAAAACACAACUCGCGGGCAUGCUGGAAAGGGAGUUAAAUAUUCCGCUCCUUUCCGCCGGUGGCAAUGUGGAAACGAUUUGUCGCUGCAUUGUGGCUGGGUUUUUCCCGUACGCGGCCUAUCUGCAUCAUUCGGGGGUGUAUCGGACGGUGCGGGGCAACACGGAGCUAAGCAUACACCCACUGUCCGCCCUGUACACCGAGCAGCAGCCCCAGUGGGUGGUGUUCUGUGAGCUGAUACACACGACCAAGCUGUUCAUGAAGGAUUUGACCGUGAUUCAGCAACAGUGGCUGCCGGAGAUAGCGCCCCACUACUACCACAAGGUGACGGUGCGUGACCAUCUGCUCUAGAAGUGUGAACGAGAAACGAGAAAAUCUUUUUUUAAAUAUAUACAAAUACACUUUAA